AGGAGGGCGCAAUCUUCUAUUCUAUCAUUCUUGGAUGCUUGUUCUUCUUGCAGUUUUGUUUACAUUUGUGUCGUCGUCCUUUGCUUUUACUUCCGCUGGUCAUUUGUUUGUGAUUUGUUUGUCACAUCGAUUUUUAAAAGCUUACAUCUACAUCCUUCUCCUGCGUUUAGUUUUCUUAAUAAAUUUUCAGGAUAUUUUCGAGGAAGUAUGUCAAAAACUCGUUUCUUUAAUUUUGCCGCAAAUACAUCUAACGACAUUGAAGGGCCAAAUGGAAUGGAAUCAAUGUCCAACAACAACAACGGUGAUAAUGAUGAGAGCAACGAUGAUGACUCUGAGUUCCUACAGGAUGUUCCUUAUUCUUCUAGCAGCAUAGACAGAAGUUCCAUAGGCUCAAUUCCAUGGGCUGAUGAUGCCAUAAAGCAAAACCAAUUGGAUUGGGAGAGAGUGGAGCGUAUGCUAAUUGGUGAAGAAGCCCUGCCAACGGAACCAGAUUUGCGUAAUGAGAUUUUAGAAUGGCAACAAAAAUUCCCAGAGUUGCUGAAUGAAAAGAACAUUACGGACUUGCCACCAAAAUGCUUGCCAGAAAGAAAAUUUGGUAUUUCCAAAAUUAGUGAGACUCCGGCACACACAUUGGUGGAUGAUUUAAUUUCUCAUUUGAGCUUAAACAGCUCUGAAGACGAUGACAGGUAUGACGAACUGGCAACGCCCACUGCGGCUCCCCAAAGAUUUGAUAAUAUUUUAGAUCAACAAGGCCGAACAAGUCCUAGUAAAAAAUCGUACAUAGACAGACUUUCAGCCAAAAUGUCCUUACUACGGAUCGCAGCAUUGCCUAUACGUCCCUUUCAGCGUAGUGAUACUGUGAAAGCAAUACCACAACAAACCUCAAAAGAACCAGAGCACAGCGGUACCUCUAAUUCCUUACGUCUACAUGAAGUAUCGUCAAGUAGACCUCAACCACCAAAGCUUUCACCUAGCCGUACACAUUACAAAGAUAAAGCGUUCGAGCCUCAACAACUCUUCCGAAUGCCACCAAUUCUAAAUGUACUAGAGAGCAAGCGACGUUUUCGAGACUUAGCGCCGAACAAAAGUUUUGUUCAAUUGACACACGUGAAGACCCCACACGCAAAAUCAGCCGCUGUAAUACGACAACCAGAGAAUAGUUUGCAGCUCGGAAUGCAAACGCGAACCACCACUAAUUUUCCGCGCCAUCAUCAAUCAGUUUGGCAAAAGCCGUUGGUUGCUUCGCGCGUAAGUAGUAAUUUUUUUAAUAAUCGUAAUGCCAUAAUCUUGCCCUCGCUGAAUACACAACGCAUGAACGCUGAGCAAAGACGCAAUAGCACCACAUCCAGUACAGGAGUUGGUACAAGAACGCACAGUUUGUCUAAUUCCAAUUUCGACUCUUCACCAAGCAGCAGUGCCAACAUUGUGUUGCGUCCUCAUUACGGCGCUGAUCGCUUUGCAUCCCGAUGGCAACAAAUAAACGCGAAUCAUACGUCCACGUCGACUGGGACAAUUUCAACAGGGCGCUCUAUCUCGGCAGCCGUUCAUCAUCCGCGAGCAGAUGUAGGAAUGAGAGAGUUGUAUGUGCCAUACAAUGCCUACAAACAUAAUGGUUUUAAAUAGCAAUCACAAGCGUGGCGUUUUGUAUGAUGCGUCACGAGGGUUUAUGCGCUAAACAAAGUAUGAACGAUGAUUUUAAACUAACCUGAUAUCGAAAAUUUAAGUUUAAAAUUUUUUAUAAAACCAAAAUUUACGCGUAUUAUU